CCCAAAACACAGAAAGCAUGAACAUGUUAGUACUUCAGAUACUGCAAAUGGUCAGACAUCAGUCUCGCUCUCUCUCUCUCUCUCUCUCGCUCUCCCUCACUCAGUCACCGACUGGUUCUGGGGAGUGGAGUUAGAUGGAACUCUGUGGCGCUGUAGCUGAGGUCAUCAGUUUGGUCUGUUUUCUUCCUACACCACAACAGAACUGACAGAAAAGCAUCCACACAAGAUCUCAGCGCUAACCCCUGACCUGUAAGAGAUGGAUGGAUGGGAUGAGCCUGUAGGGUCCUCUGUAGGGGCCAUGAUGUCCAAAGACAAUGGCAGCACCCCCACAUCACCUCUGGUCAACCGGUCCUGUGCGGACCUGAAGUGCUAUAUGGUUCUGUUCGAGGCAGAGAAGACAGCCAUCGGCUCCAUCUGUUUCCUGGCCGGACCCUUCACUUUCCUGGAGAAUGCUUUGGUCCUGGGUGUGAUCGCCGCUACGGCCGCCCUGCGCCAGCGCCCCUCCUACCUCUUCAUCGGCAGCCUGGCCCUGGCCGACGUCUUUGCCAGCUGCUUCUUCACCACCAGCUUCCUGGACUUCCACCUGUUCCACCGUCUUGACGGCCCCAUCGCCUACCUCUUCAAGCUGGGUGGGGUGACGAUGGCUUUCACCGGCUCGGUGGGUAGUCUUCUGCUGACUGCUCUGGACCGCUAUCUGUGUAUACAUCAGGCGUCGAGUUAUAAAGUGGUGUUGACGCGCCGCAGGGCCCUGUUGGCUAUCCUUGCCCUGUGGAGCGCCACCAUCCUCAUCUCCUUCCUCCCUCUGAUGGGCUGGAGGUGCCCCACAGGGCUCAGCCCGCCCUGCUCGUGGCUCUUCCCAUACAUCGACCACCGCUACCUGGCCUGCUGGGUCAGCUUCAUCCUGGUGCUGCUGUCACUCAUCCUGGGAGCCUACGCCCUGAUCCUGUGGAGGGCCAAUCGGCAUGAGGCCUCCAUGACGGGCCUCCAGGGGGCACCUACCGGUGGUCAGGCCCGCAUGCGGCUGGACAUCCGAUUGGCACGUACCCUGGGCCUGAUUCUGCUCAUCAUGGUGGGCUGUUGGCUGCCGACCCUGUCCUUCAUGCUGGCAGAUGUCUCGGUGCAGCUCACACACGCCCAGCAGCGAGCCUUUGCUUUCUGCAGCACCAUGUGCCUGGUCAACUCAGCCGUCAACCCACUGCUGUAUGCCCUGCGCUGCCGGGAGCUGAGGGUGGCACUGAUGCGGCUGUUGGAGGGCCUGAGUGAGGGGCUGGGGUGCUGCCAGAGGCACGUAGGGGGAGACUCGACCACUACCCUUCCCUUAGGCGAGGGCAACAGCUGUAGCGCGCACUCCGAGAGUGAGGCGCCCAGACUCGUUAGCUGCCAACCGAACACAGUCUCAGAAAUGGUUGGCAAGCAGCAGCUGGACAUGACUGGAAAAUGAGAAGGGGUGAGAGGCUUACUGUAUAUCAGGGUUAUUGUAGUGGAGUGUUGUGAACUUGUGUUUCUUCUGUUGUGUUCGUAGCGAUAAGGAGGUAAUGUCUCUAAAAUUAACUGUGAUAACAGAGACUAAAGCAAAGAUAUAGACCAUGUUACCAUAAAUUGUGUUGACCCACCUACAAGCCAAGUCACUCCGAGAUAAUAGCAGCAGGGUAAGUGGAUUUUUACAAACCAGUAGAAAUUAGGGGAAUUAUCCCAAAUUAACAUCUUUGGGAAAACAACAGCACUGGUGGUGUUGGCAGUGCAAAUGUAGAUAGCUAUGUGUGCUUGUUUUAGCUUGAGUGUUUGUCCUUUAGCGUCCAGAAGAGGAUCCUGUCGGGUUCCCAUCUGCACAUAUAUACCUGUCCUGAACAGAGGCCCUGUGGAUUGUAAACAGUGUCUUCCACAUGUGACUGCAAGCAGUGUCGAGAUCAGAGGCGUAGGCAAGGCUGAGCCUGGGUGGGUCCACUCAGAAAAAAAAGAGAUCCACUCAGAUUUUGUAUUAUUUAUUUUAAUAUUUUCUUUAUGCUCUUUAAUUGUAAGUGUUCCAAAUGGAAUAUUAUUUGUCUUUUAUGCAAACACUAUCAGAAUUCAUAGCAAGCAGUGCACUGGGUUAGUCAGAUUUGAUUAAAUAUAACAAAACAGAUGACCUGGAAUGACAUCACUUGCCAAAAAUAACUAACUGAAAGCCACGCCCCCAAUGAGCAACAAAUUUGACUGCAUUGAGGCAUAUGUCACUGUGCUUCUAUGGCUAUACGCACCAUGACACUACCUAUUUCAUUUGUUAAUUUAGCAAACAAGACAGCUCAAAAUCCAGCACUUUUAUCCACUAGCGGUUCUGGGGGGGACAGUGCCCCUGUGACAACAAUUUUGGACCCCCUUGUGGCCCCCCUAAAUGUGGAGUAUGAAAUAAUUUUUACAUACAUUUUUGCUAUCUUCUUUUUUUACAUCCGUUAUUAGACAGUGGCAACGAUGAUGAUUAUGAACAUGGUCUUUUGCCUGCUAAUGCCUGCAAUGCAGUGAAGAAAACGAUAUGACAACAAUAACGUCUAAUGUAACUGGCCCCUCUAACAGUACAACUGGCCCCAUCUUGGGCCCCCCCAGUUGAAAUGGUCUAGAACUGCCACUGCCUUUAUCACAUUCUACACACCUAUAUUUUAGCUUUAAAUAGCAUUAAAAAUCCUACAUUUUCUCUCAGCCUUAAGGCAAAAUGUGUAGAAUAGCAUGAGAUGAGCUAAAAAACUGCACAUUUUCCCCUCUACUCUAUGGCAAAAUGUGUAAAAUAAAAUUGGGGGCCCAGACAAGUUUCUACAGGCCCAACCAACAACAGAUUUCUGGCUACGCCACUGGUCGAGAUAAGUGGGGCACAGUUUAGAAAGAUAGAGAGUCGCACAACACAGAGACUAGAACAUUCUUUUCUAUAGAACACUAUAAAUAGCAAAUAUAGUUCACAAGUCAUUUUAGUAGAUCGAUCACAAAACAAUCAAACACAAAGGUAGAUGUUUUGUCUUGUUAUCAAAAUAACAUUUUAUUUGUCACAUGCUUCUUAAACAACAGGUGUAGACUAACAGUGAAAUGCUUACCCACGGGUCCUUUUCCAACAAUACAGAGUUAAAGAAAAAAAU